GAAUCUAGGCAGGUUAUGGAUGGGAGGAGACCAGGAGGUCUAUCGGUGUGUUGUUCUCUUCUUCUUUUUCCAGCGGUGUAUUUUGAGAAGGGAGACUACAACAAGUGCCGAGAGCUUUGUGAGCAGGCCAUCGAGGUCGGGCGAGAGAACCGGGAGGAUUACCGCCAGAUUGCCAAAGCGUACGCACGGAUUGGCAAUUCCUAUUUCAAGGAAGAAAAGCACAAGGAAGCUAUUCAGUUUUACAACAAAUCGCUGGCUGAGCACCGGACUCCAGAGGUGUUGAAAAAGUGUCAGCAAGCUGAGAAAAUCUUGAAAGAGCAGGAAAAGUUAGCCUAUAUCAAUCCUGAACUGGCUUUGGAGGAAAAGAAUAAGGGGAAUGAGUGUUUCCAGAAAGGUAAGCGUUCUGUAUGUCUGUGUUCAUUAUCACUCUGCAGUGAGAGAGAGAGGUAAGUGAAAUG